AUAAUUAACCUUUCCCUUUAUUUAUUUCUGUGGGUUGUUGGUACUUAUUACACCACUUUAUCUCUCUUCUUGUCUUGAGAUAAACAAGGGGAAGAGCUUUAUUCAAGCACUUAUAUAACCUCAGGAUACUUCCAAUUUCUCCUCUCAAACUCCAUCUAAAAACCCAAUUCAAAUAUUAAAACAAAAUGCACACUUUUCUUGAUGACUGAUAGAGGAGGCUGCCUCUCUUGUACAUGAGAGAGUGCCUUCCUGUACAUUCUAAGACCGACCCAUUUCAAAAGAACCUAAAUUAAGAGACCCCAUUUCUUGAAAUCUUACAAAAGCCCAUCAUUUUAGAGUUUCAUUUCUUGCAGAUAUAGUGUUUGAUAGUUUGUUUAACUGAAUGGGGGAGUCACAAAUGGAUUGUAGCAAGUAUGUGAGGUAUACGGCUGAGCAAGUUGAGGCUUUGGAGAGGGUUUAUGCUGAGUGUCCGAAGCCAAGCUCUUCGAGAAGGCAACAGCUUAUUAGAGACAUUCCUAUUCUCUCUAAUAUUGAACCUAAACAGAUCAAAGUCUGGUUUCAGAACCGCAGAUGCCGUGAAAAGCAGAGAAAGGAAGCAUCUAGUCUACAGACUGUGAAUGGGAAGCUGAGUGCCAUGAACAAGCUGUUGAUGGAAGAAAAUGAACGCCUGCAAAAGCAGGUCUCUCACCUAGUUUAUGAUAAUGGAUGCAUGCGUACCCAACUGCACACUGCAUCACCAACGACCACUGACACUGGCUGUGGGUCUAUGGUCGCGAUCUCGCAGCAACAACAGCAAACCUCAACAUCUCAGCAUCCGCACAGAGAUGCUAACAGCCCAACUGGUCUUCUCGCAAUAGCUGAGGAGACCCUGGCAGAGUUCCUCCGCAAGGCUAUUGGGACUGCUGUCAACUGGGUACAGAUAGUUGGAAUGAAGCCUGGUCCGGAUUCUAUUGGCAGUGUUGCCAUUUCCCGCAACUGUAGGGGAAUAGCAGCUCGAGCCUGCGGUCUUGUGGGUCUCGAACCCAGAAAGGUCGCUGAAAUCCUGAAAGAUCGUAUAUCUUGGUUCCAUGACUGCCGUUGCCUAGAUGUAUCGAGUGUAUUUCCAACUGGAAAUGGAGGAACAUUAGAGCUCCUAUACAUGCAGACUUAUGCACCUACGACACUGGCAUCAGCUCGAGAUUUCUGGACAUUAAGAUAUACUACAACUUUAGAAGAUGGAAGUCUUGUGGUAUGUGAAAGGUCACUGACUUCUUCAACGGGUGGUCCUAUGAGGCCUCCCACUGCAUGCUUUGUGAGAGCCGACAUGUUACCUAGUGGCUAUCUGAUAAGACCUUGUGAUGGUGGUGGCUCCAUUAUUAACAUAGUUGAUCAUAUGGACUUAAAUCCUUUGACCGUUCCUGAAGUUUUGAGGCCUCUAUACGAGUCAUCCACAAUUUUAGCUCAGAAAAUGACUAUGGCGUCAUUACGACACAUAAGACAAAUUGCUCAAGAAACCAGCGGUGAGAUUAAAUAUACUGGCGGGCACCGGCCUGCUGUUCUCAGGGCAUUUCGUCAAAGAUUGUGCCGGGGCUUUAAUGAUGCUAUUAAUGGAUUUGUUGAUGAUGGUUGGUCGACCAUGAACAGUGAUGGCUUGGAGGAUGUUACAGUCGCCAUUAACAUGUCUGCAGGGAAAUUUCUUAGUUCCCAGUAUAACGCAUUUUCGAUGCUCCCAACUUUUGGUGGAGUAUUGUGUGCCAAAGCAUCAAUGCUUAUUCAGGAUGUUCCCCCUCCUUUGCUUGUUCGCUUCCUGAGAGAGCACCGCUCAGAGUGGGCGGACAGUAUGAUCGAUGCUUACAAUGCUGCAUCACUGAAAGCAUCUCCAUAUGCUGUUCCUUGUGCCAGACCCGGUGCCCCUCCUAGUACACAGGUCAUUUUGCCUCUUGCACAUUCCAUGGAGAAUGAAGAGUUGUUGGAGGUUGUCCGGCUAGAAAAUCGGGCACCAGAGGACCUGACUUUGACGAGCAAUAUGUACUUAUUGCAGCUAUGCAGUGGAAUUGAUGAGAAAACGGCAGGAGGCUGUGCUCAACUUGUGUUUGCACCUAUUGAUGAAUCGUUCGCUGAUGAUGCUCCCUUGCUGCCAUCUGGUUUCCGUGUGAUACCAUUGGAUCCUGAAUCAGAUAAGUCUAGUGCAAACAGAACAUUGGAUUUGGCUUCUGCACUUGAAGUGAGACAUGGUGGUGCACACCCCCAUGGGGAAGAUAAUGCUGGAAAUUAUAAUCUUAGGUCAGUUUUGACUAUAGCGUUCCAAUUCCCUUUUGAGAACCACUUUAGAGACAAUGUGGCUUCUAUGGCUCGUCAAUACGUACGGAGCGUUGUAGGCUCUGUUCAGAGGGUUGCAAUGGCUAUUUCUCCAUCUCGAGCUAACUUCAAUUUAGAGCCAAAACAGCUACCUGGGUCUCCCGAAGCUUUCACUUUAGCACGCUGGAUUAGCAGGAGUUACAGGGUCCACACUGGGGCAGAGCUUCUCAAGACAGAAUCUCAAGUGGGCAAUGCUGUUUUGGAGCAUCUGUGGAAUCAUUCUGAUGCGAUACUUUGCUGCUCUGUCAAAACAAAUAUAUCUCCGGUCUUCUCCUUCGCAAACCAGGCGGGUCUAGACAUGCUUGAAACUACAUUGGUGGCCCUCCAGGAUAUAAUGCUUCAUAAAAUUUUGGAUGAUGCUGGUCAGAAAGUUCUCCUUUCGGAAUUCUCAAAGAUCAUGCAACAGGGAUUUGCUUAUCUACCAGCGGGUGUAUGUUUUUCAAGCAUGGGCAGAUCCAUAUCUUACGAUCAAGCCAUUGUGUGGAAAGUUCUCAAAGACGAUAAUUCUGAUCACUGCCUCGCUUUCAUGUUCCUAAACUGGUCCUUUAUCUAGUAGAGAUACUAUGGAACCCUUUAAAUUCAGUGCUUUAAGUUGUGCAACUAUAUGACAUCACUAGUCUGUUUUGCUGGAUUAUGUAAUAUGACCUAUGCAUGUUGUUCUGGAAUAUUUCUAUCGACUUGGAUAUGAUGCAUAUUAUUCUAUUUUGUUA